AUGCAAUGUCUAGAAAUACGUUUGAGAAAAUACAUCAAUAUCUGCAUUUCAAUGACAACAGUAUUUUUAGAAUCAAUGGGUAACCAUGUCUCUCUUGAUGAAGCAAUAGAACCUUAUUAUGGACAUCAGGGAUUGAAACAGUUUAUAAGAGGCAAGCCCAUACGCUAUGCUUUCAAGUUUCGGUGCUUUGCCAGACCAGAUGGAUUCUUAGUGAAAUUCCAUUCUUACACAGGUGCAGGAGAUAAAAUUGCGGGUAAAACACUUGGUUCUUCAGUUACCGAAAAAUUAUAUUUAAAAUUUGUACCAGUAGGAUCACGCAUUUAUAUGGACAAUUGUUUCACUUCUCUACCUUUGAUCGAUGCCUUAUCAAACAAUGGUCUCUUUUGUGUUGGGACUAUUCAAAAGGAUAGAACAGAAAAUGCACCGCUACAGGAGGCACUUGCUGGGUAG